CAGCAUCAAAAAGCAAUUUGAUAACUGCCGGUGGUGAUUUGACCUAUCCUCACUCAAUCUCAAAGACACAGAAUAUACUCCGCAAACAUGGCUUCCCACGAGCAGGAUCUCUUGCCAGAUCAGACUGAGGGGUUCAAGGUGGGCGAGAAAAAGACGAUGGAUGAGUACAACCAGCUUGACGCCGACGAUGAAGCUAUGCAACGCUACAAAGCCUCCCUAGGUCUUGGUGGCGGCAAGGGUAUCUCCGAUCCCAACGACCCUCGCCACUGCAUCAUCCUCUCCUUGACCAUGGACUCCGAAGGCCGUGACCCCGUCACCAUCGACCUCUCAGCCAAGGGCGCUGAAACAACACUCAAAGACAAGCCCUUCAAGAUCAAGGAAGGAGCCAAGUUCUCCAUGACCGCCAAAUUCAAGGUCCAGCACGAGAUCCUUUCUGGUUUGCACUAUGUGCAGAUUGUGAAAAGAAAGGGAAUUCGAGUCAGCAAGGACCAGGAGAUGAUUGGAAGCUAUGCACCGAAUACCGAGCAGAACCCAGUGUACACCAAGAAAUUCGCAGAAGAAGACGCUCCAUCCGGCAUGCUCGCUCGCGGCCACUACACCGCAGUCAGCACCUUCGUCGACGACGACAAGAAGCGUCAUCUCGAAUUCGAAUGGUCCUUCGACAUUGCUAAGGACUGGUAGAUUCUCUCUUCACUUCAGUUACUUCUUCUCUGUCCCUCCUUCACAACCAAAAAGUAGAUAGACCAAUAGUUUAGCAAGGUUUAUAUGAGAUGAGGUGAUUUAUGCUCCUCGGCGGGAAUUCUAGCUUUAUUUCCUUUCUUUGCAGCAUGGAAAUAUGGGUCUGAAUUAUGGAUGAUAUAGGGAAAUGACGAUGCAAUGGAAUUACGAUGGUGACGAAUAAAUGGACUUCAUUGCAUAUUUCACACGCAUUGCACUCGUGUCUUUUGUUCGAAUGAGGAAUGUGAAGUCUGGAAGUAUUCUUGAAUCUAUCCACCAUAAA